AUGGAUGUCGCUGAAGUUGACCGCUGCGCAGCGAUGAACAAUACCAUCAAGACCUCAAGAUAUAAUUUCUUUAACUUCUUGCCCCUGAACCUAUUUGAACAGUUCCAGAGAAUUGCAAAUGCAUAUUUUCUCGUAUUGCUGAUCCUACAGUUGAUUCCCCAGAUCUCCUCUUUGGCAUGGUAUACAACUGUGAUACCCUUAAUGGUGGUGCUAAUCAUAACAGCAGUGAAAGAUGCCAGCGACGAUGUGAAAAGGCACAAAAAUGACAAGCAAAUCAACAACCGUUCUGUUCAGGUUUUGAUGAAUGGCAAGAUAAUGCAAGAAAAGUGGAUGAACAUCCAAGUGGGAGAUAUAAUAAAACUAGAAAAUAAUUCUCCUGUCCCAGCUGAUAUCCUUCUACUCUCUAGCAGUGAGCCCUAUGGCCUGACGUACAUAGAAACAGCAGAACUGGAUGGCGAAACCAACCUGAAAGUGAGACAAGCCACCACAGUUACUACUGAACUGGAAGGAGACAUGAAGCUGCUAUCUGCCUUUGAUGGUGAAGUGAGUUGUGAGGCUCCCAAUAACAAGUUGGACAGAUUCAUGGGAACACUGAAUUAUAAGGGAAAGAUCUACUACCUGGACUAUGACAAAAUGGUAUUCCGAGGCUGCAUCAUCAGGAACACAAAUUGGUGCUAUGGCUUGGUGAUUUUCACUGGGCCAGACACUAAAUUAAUGCAGAAUAGUGGAAGUUGCGCCUUUAAACGAACACACAUGGACCAUCUCAUGAAUACCCUUGUUCUCUGGAUUUUCUUGAUUUUAGCCUGCAUGUGCGUAAUCCUAGCGAUUGGACAUGGCACUUGGGAGACCCUAAAAGGCUACCAGUUCCAGGGUUUUCUGCCAUGGCAAAGAUAUGUCCCUUCAUCAGUUGUCUCUGCCAUGCUAAUCUUCUGGUCCUAUUUCAUUAUUCUCAACACCAUGGUGCCCAUUUCCCUUUAUGUGAGUGUUGAGAUAAUAAGAUUGGGUAACAGUUACUAUAUCAACUGGGAUCGGAAAAUGUAUUAUGUGCCAAAGAAUAUACCAGCACGGGCUCGUACGACCACCCUUAAUGAGGAGCUGGGCCAAGUUCAAUAUAUAUUCUCCGACAAAACAGGAACCCUGACUCAGAACAUCAUGGUUUUCUCCAAGUGUUCUAUUAAUGGGAUAUCAUAUGGUCCUAUCACUGACAAGGAUGAAGUGAUGAAUAUCACUAAGAAAACAGAAAGGGUCGACUUCUCCUUCAACAAACUAGCUGAUCCUAGGUUCUUUUUUUAUGACAAGAGUUUGAUGGAAGCCAUACAACAGAAAGAUCAGCAUGUGUGCUUGUUUUUCCUCUCACUGUCAUUGUGUCAUACUGUGAUAUCAGAAAAGGAAGUAGAAGAUAAGCUGAUAUACCAAGCUCAGUCCCCAGAUGAAGGUGCCCUGGUCACUGCUGCCAGGAACUUUGGCUUUGUGUUCCAUUCCCGCACCCAUAAUUCAAUCACAAUAGUCGAAAUGGGGGAAACUAAAGUCUACCAACUGCUGGCUAUUUUGGACUUCAACAAUGUGCGCAAAAGGAUGUCUGUUAUUGUAAGAACACCUGAAAAUCGGAUAAUGUUGUUUUGCAAGGGUGCAGACACCAUCAUCUGUCAGCUGCUCCAUCCAUCCUGUAAAUUCCUCAGAGACGUGACCAUUGGACACUUAGAUAAUUUUGCCAGUGAAGGCCUUCGCACCCUCAUGGUGGCCUACCGAGAGCUGGAUGAGGCCUUCUAUGAGACCUGGAACGAGAAACACAGUAAAGCUUUCCUGACUUGGGAGAAUCGAGAAAGUGAAAUAGCAUUUGUCUAUGAAGAGGUCGAAAAAGAAUUGGUGCUACUAGGGGCCACAGCCAUAGAAGACAAGCUGCAGGAACACGUACCUGAGACAAUUAUUAGCCUACACAAAGCAAAUAUUAAAAUAUGGGUUUUGACUGGAGAUAAACAAGAGACAGCUGUGAACAUUGCUUAUGCUUGUAGAAUAUUUGAGAAUGAAAUGGAUGGCAUAUUCACUUUGGAAGGCGAUGAUUAUGAGACUGUUAGACAAGAACUCAGAUCUGCAAGGGAUCAAAUGAAAAUUGAAAACAACUCAGAAUCGAAUUCUUUCACAAUGGAGUCAAAAAUGUCUGAUAGUCACCCUGAUGAGAUGUCCAGGGGCAAAUACGGCCUGGUCAUCAGUGGCUGCGGUCUGGCCCGUGCUCUAGAAGGGAACAUGGAGUUGGAACUGCUGCAGUUGGCGUGCUUGUGCAAGGGUGUGAUAUGCUGUCGGAUGACACCCCACCAGAAGGCCCAGAUGGUAGAGCUGGUGAAGAGGUACAAGAAGGUGGUGACACUGGCCAUCGGGGAUGGGGCCAAUGACGUCAACAUGAUAAAAGCUGCUGACAUUGGGGUUGGCAUCUGUGGCCAGGAAGGAAUGCAAGCCAUGCUCAAUAGUGACUUCUCCUUCAGCCAGUUCCACUAUCUUCGGCGUCUCCUGUUGGUCCAUGGCCGCUGGUCCUAUAUUCGCAUGUGCAAAUUUCUCAGCUAUUUCUUUUACAAAAACUUUGCCUUCACUGUGAUACACUUCUGGUAUGCUUUCUACAGUGGAUUCUCUGCACAGACAGUUUAUGAUACCUGGUUUGUUGCUUUCUACAACUUGAUGUACACCUCCCUCCCUGUCCUUGGAUUGUGUCUAUUUGACCAGGAUGUGAAUGAAACAUGGAGCCUGAAUUUCCCAGAGCUAUAUGAGCCAGGCCAAUUCAACCUAUAUUUCAACAAAAAGACAUUUGUGAAGUGUUUAAUACAUGGCAUCUACAGUUCCUUGGUGCUGUUCUUUAUCCCUCUGGGAACCAUUUACGACACAGUGCACAGUGAUGGGAAGGAUGUUUCCGACUACCAGUCUUUCUCUCUGAUGGUGCAGACCUCCUUGCUCUCCGUGGUCACAGCACAGAUUGCCCUCGAGACAACCUGCUGGACCGUGAUCAGCCACGUAAUCACCUGGGGUAGCCUGGGCUUCUACUUUUGCUUCUCAUUCCUACUGUACAGUGAUGGCUUGUACCUACUGUUUCCGAGCUUCUUCCCAUACCUAGGUGUGGCCAGGAACACGAUGAAGCUGCCACAGAUGUGGCUGAGCCUUUUCCUCUGCAUCGUCCUCUGUACGUUGCCUUUUACUGGGUACCAAUUUCUCAAAUCAUUAAUGUGGCCUAUAAGCACAGACAAGGUUAUUGAGAGAAUUCAUCAUAGGAUGAAAGAGCGAAGGCCAAGACUAAAACAGACCAGAACAAGACAGUCAAACAUUCGCCGUUCUGCCUAUGCAUUCUCUCACACACAGGGCUUUGGGGCCCUCAUCACUUCUGGCAAGACAGACAAGUUCAAGGAAGACCUUGAUACUCAAAAAAAAUUAUCAGGAAAAGGUGUGGAAGAUUUUGAAAUGGGCCAGCAGGCAGGUGCCAGCCGCCUUCUGCGAGCGCGGUUCCAGCGCGGCCCCCGGGGCGCUUUGCCUGGCUCCGCCCCCCAGGGGGCGGGACGCGGGCCGAGAAGGCGGCGCCCCGCCGAAGCCUCGCCGCUCCCCUCGCGGGAAAACACUCCGCGUGACUCGCGGCUCCCGGCGCAGCCGGAGCGCGGGAGGUGGGCGAGCCCCGCCGGUCCAGCGGAACGAACCAACGCGCCGUCCACCAGGGGCGGCAUGCGGGCAGCCCGAUCGCACCACCGGCACCACAGCUGCAGGGGCGGGGCCCGGCCGUUACCAACCCGCGUGGAGAGGACGGGGGGCGCCGGCCUGAGUCCGAGGCACCGCGACCCUUCGAGGAGGGCGCGAGACGCCGCCGCCGCAGCCGCCGCCCGCGCUGAAGGACCGCGCUGA